UGAUCUUUUCAAGAUGAGGAAUAUCCCAGCCUCUUUUCCCUGUUACAUUUUUUUUUUAUAGCUUUCUCCUGUAGAGCAUCCGAUGCUCCCAACUGACAUUGCAGUUUGUUUUGGAUAAGGACUAGGCAUAACAGUAAUGUCCAUAGCUCCUAGAAUGGAGUUACAGGUACAGCAGACAGACAGAGGCCCAGUCCGCAACUGACUGCCUUUAUGUGUUUGAAAUUAUUAUGUGAUGGACUUCAAACAAUGUAUUGAUAUGGUUGAAGCCCUAAUUGCCAAAGGAUACAAUUGAGAACUGGCCAGAUCAAUUUUUAGGGAAAAAAAAAAAUAUGCAUUUGACCAACCACUGCAUUGUCAGCAAAUCAUGGGACCAACUAAGAUGAUAGGUUUGAAACAUGCUGGCCAGCUCUGAUGAAGGACUCUCAUGGCGUAAUAAUAAUCUUCAAUCCUGACAUGCCCAGUCACCUGAAAGAAAUUGAAAUGUGGUACUCCUGUUUUGUGCAGCAGCAGCCACUGCUUGAUAGUCAGUGUCUCCUGGUUGCACAUCACAAGCCAGGCAGUGCAGAGGACACAGAAAAUCUAUCUUUAGCUCACCCACUGAACAAGUUGAAACUAAUACAUUCCAACUUAGAAGAAGAUCCUGAAGAUGUUCGGAUGGAAUUUAUGAAAUACUUCAGAAGCAUUAUCAACUUAAUAAAUGAGAGCAGAGAGAAGGAAGAAAUGUCAAUUAUCUCAUAACGUUAAAAGAAAGGGUUGUUUUCACUUUGUAAGCCAUGCUAGCCUGUGAACAGGUUCUCACAACAAGAAUUUAUCAGUCUAUAAAUGCUUCAGAGAAAACACUGCACAAUUUAUGACUUAACCAAAAGAACCAAGUGCUGACAUCAGAUGAACUGUGGUGCCAAAAAGAUGGCUGCACAUCCAGGAAUUUGGGUAACUUUAGCUGUGCUUUGGUUCCAUUUGGCAUCAGAGGUACAGGAAGGUAUUUUUUAAUGUAUUAGUGUAGACCAAAAGAAAAAGGUAUAUGUCAUCUCCUCACUUAAAAAUGCCUUUUUGUAAAGGUACUAGGAGAAGAAAGCCUGACAGAACAUAAGAUUUGUGGAGUUCUGUUGAAGCAUCUGAGUAAAGUGUUCAUGUUAGCUGUGUUCCUGGAGAAGUUACGCUUUUGGAAGUCAGUUGAAACUGAUUGGAGUGGAGAUCUGAGAGCAGUUGUGGUGUGGAAUCUACAUUUAAUGUUCCAAAUUCUCCUUAUAUUUCUGUCAAGCAUCUGAAGAGAACACAUUUCAUAGCUAUUGCCUUGGCAAGGCAGAGUAUGUUGCAGUCUUUCUCAUGACUAGGCUUUUCUCCUAUUCCAACAAAAUUAUCCUUGUUCAGGACAAUGUAUAGGACACUCUGGGAGGGAAAGAAUCGAGGUCUCAGUGUAGUGCAAUUACUUUGACCUAUGCCAGGAGCUCCAAUAGAGGGGAAGAAAGUGCUGCAUUCUCCAGAGGAGGAAAAGCUGUUUCCAGACUAAUAUUACUGUUCCCUAUUGCAUUGAAAUAAGUGGUUUCAUAGAUAAUUUACUUUCUGGUUUGUUUGGUUUGCACUCAUCCCUAUUCUUAGUGUGUUUUGCUGUGGAAGACUUUUUCUGUAAUAUAAUACUAAAGCAAUAAACACACUUUAAAAUGUG